AAGCUUUGGUCGCCAAAUUUCAAAUGUUUUCAAGUGGCGCUUUUUCCCUGAACCCACUAACCAUUGUGUUGCCGCUUAAAUGCUUGAUCUGAUACUGCAACCGAGACCAGGACACGUCUCUAACGACUUAUGAGGAAUACAUAAAAGUGCUUUAUUAUUUUAGAGUUUGCUGUGUCUGGAUCAGCCUCAAUAUGAAGUGUCCCAGCUACAGUAAUGAUUCAACAGUUUUAUGCCACAUGGAGAAAGCCGAAACAGACCUCGGUGAGGUGAAGGGCCACAGGGUUUCGCCACGGAAAUCUCCCCCAGCACCCAACAUCUCAACUCCUGUGGAGACCAGAAGCAAAGGCCCCCACAAUAAAGAAAACCACCAGAAUAAGCGGCAUUCUCUAGACGUGGCAUCAGACGACGAGGUGAUUCUCAGCAGUAACGUUAGUGGCCUAAACGAGGACAGCGGCUACCUUUCCCUCCAAAACAGUCGAGUGGAUCACGGAGACGUGGAUGGAGCGGACUCUCAGGAGAGGAGUGAGGAGAAAUGCAUGUCCUCUCAGUCUUUGGCCGUGGAGGGUCGUUCUGUGCCAUGUCUGCCCAUGUUGAAGUUUCAGGAGGAGGUGUGCAGAGAGCUGGCUGAAAGCUUUAAAAAGAGCAAAAGCUACGACUGGACUGUCGUUGAUAAGGUUGCUGAGAACUACGGGCUGCAUAAUGUGAUCGGAGGGAAGAUGGGACGCCAGUUUGUGGACAUCCUUUACAACCUGUUGAGAAAAGACAUGAGGCAUAUCCUUUCUAGGAUACUGGGCCUGUUGGGAGAUUGGGACUUGGUCAGCUGUAGAAAAGUGAGCCGGACAUGGCGCAAAAUCAUUUGUGAAGACAGGGUGGCCCUUCGGCGCUGCAGAGAAGCAGAAAGAGCGUUAAGGGACUCUGGUCGCUCCGUGGGCUCAUUAUCACGAGACGUCACCUUGAGCAGGGUGGUGUUCUCCUGCAUGCAGACUGUCGCCUCUACACCCGUUCACAAGGCCGUUAAGAAACCGGGCGGAGCACGAGACACAUCCAAGUCAAGUCGCUUCCAGCAGUUUCAUGAGGUGGCCCAGUCGCUCAAACAGGAUGAAUCUCUACGAUCGUGCAUCCUCUGUGGCUUUGCAGCACGGUACGACGCAGCCAUGAAGAAGGCUGUGUGCUCGCGCAGCGGCUGUGCUUUUGAGUUCUGCACACUGUGUCAAUCAGCGUUUCACAGCUCUGCUCCGUGCCGAAAUACACUCCAGAGCUUCUCCGCCUCACAGAAAACACUCCUCGCCGGCUCGGCUCGGAGCAAACGCAACAUCCGCCGCCUCUGAGCACCAGACGGGACAAUGUUACAAGAACU